AUGGAGCCCCAAGGUCAACAUGGCAGCGGUGGUUCACUAGUGGUGAUUCAGCAGCCCUCCCUGGACAGCCGGCAGCGGUUGGACUAUGAAAGAGAGAGCCAGCCAACGACUAUCCUGUCACUGGACCAGAUCAAGGCGAUCAGGGGCAGCAACGAAUACACCGAAGGUCCAUCUGUGGUGAAGAAAUCCGGGCCGCGGACAGCGCCGAGGCAAGAGAAGCAUGAAAGGACUCACGAAAUCAUACCAAUUAAUGUGAAUAAUAAUUACGAACACAGGCCCAGCCACGUGGGGCACGUGGCGCAUCAGCAUAACGCGAGGGCUCCCGUCUUGAGCAGAUCUACCAGCACGGGGAGCGCGGCGAGCUCUGGGAGCAACAGCAGUGCUUCCUCGGAGCAGGGGCUGCUGGGGCGGUCGCCUCCAUCCAGGCCGGGCUCGGGCCACAACAGGGCCGAUCGGACAAUCCGGACGCAGCCCAAGCAGUCGUCUCUGACAGUAGAUGAUCUGAAGAGUCCUUUGAAAGAGGACUUGGCGCAGCACAAGUUUAUCUGCGAACAGUGUGGGAAGUGCAAGUGCGGCGAGUGCACGGCCCCGAGGGCCCUCCCUUCUUGCUUGGCCUGCAACCGGCAGUGCUUGUGCUCUGCGGAGAGCAUGGUGGAGUACGGCACCUGCAUGUGCCUCGUCAAAGGGAUCUUCUACCACUGUUCUAACGACGAUGAAGGGGACUCUUACGCGGAUAAUCCCUGCUCUUGUUCCCAGUCACACUGCUGUUCUAGGUACCUGUGCAUGGGAGCCAUGUCCUUGUUUCUGCCUUGCUUGCUCUGCUACCCUCCCGCAAAAGGAUGCCUAAAGCUCUGCCGAGGCUGUUACGACCGCAUCAAUCGUCCGGGUUGCCGAUGCAAGAACUCCAACACGGUCUAUUGUAAACUGGAGAGCUGCCCCUCCCGGGGUCAGGGCAAGCCCUCAUGA